AUGUCAUUGAAAUUACCUCAAGCACCCAAUUCAGGUCUUUUCAAGAAUGGGUAUUCAUCAUAUUCAAAUGCUGAUGGUGCAAUUAUUAGAAAUAUAGAAGCAGUUAGAGAAAUUGCUUCUAUAUUAUUAACAUCAAUGGGUCCAAGUGGAAGAAAUAAAAUUAUUGUAAAUAAAUUAGGUAAAAAAUUUAUAACCAAUGAUGCAGCUACAAUGUUAAAUGAAUUAGAAAUUGUUCAUCCAGUUGUUAAAAUAUUAAUUCAAGCUUCAAAACAACAAGAAUUUGAAAUGGGUGAUAAUACAAAUUUAGUAAUUAUAUUAACUGGAGAAUUUUUAAAUAUUGCAGAAAAAUUAUUAAAUUUAGGAUUAAAUGUUACUGAAAUUAUUCAAGGUUUUAAUUUAGCUAAUAAAUUCGUUAUGGAAACUUUAAAAGAUUUAGUUGUCGAUAAAGUUGAAAAUUUUGAAAAUGAUUUAUUAAAAGCUAUAAAACCUGUUAUAUCUGCAAAACAAUUUGGAGUUGAAGAUAUUAUUUCAAACUUAGUAGUUGAAGCAGUCAAAUUAAUUAUAAAUCCUAAAAAUCCUUUAAGUUUUAAUGUUGAUGGUAUAAGAGUAGUUAAAAUUAUGGGAAGUUCUUUAUCACAAUCUGAAGUUGUAAAAGGUAUGGUUUUUCCUCGUGAACCAGAAGGUUCAAUCAAAAAUGUUAAAGAUUCAAAAGUUGUAGCGUUUACAUGUCCAAUUGAUAUAUCAACAACUGAAACUAAAGGAACUGUAUUAUUACAUAAUGCACAAGAAAUGCUUGAUUUCACAAAAGGAGAAGAACAACAAUUAGAUCAAAUGUGUAAAGAAAUUUAUGAUUCUGGUGUAAAAGUAGUUGUUGCAGGUUCAAAUGUUGGAGAAUUAGCAUUACAUUAUUUAAAUAAAUAUGGAAUUUUAGUAUUAAAAGUACCAAGUAAAUUUGAUUUAAGAAGAAUUUGUCAAGUAUGUGGAGCUACUCCUUUACCAAGAUUAGGUGCACCAAUGCCUGAAGAAAUGGGAGAAAUUGAUGUAGUUGAAACUAAGGAAAUUGGAGGAGAUAGAGUUACAGUUUUUAAACAAACUAAUUCAAGUUCAAGAACAGCAACAAUAGUUAUAAGAGGAGCAACACAAAAUAAUUUAGAUGAUAUUGAAAGAGCAAUAGAUGAUGGAGUAAGUUCAAUAAAGGGAUUAUUAAAAGAUUCAAGAUUAUUACCUGGAGCAGGAGCUGUAGAAAUAGAAUUAAUAAAACGUAUUACACAAUAUGGAGAAACAACUCCUGGAUUAUUACAAUUAGCAAUAAAAAAUUUUGCAAAAGCAUUUGAAGUUAUACCAAGAGUAUUAGCAGAAACUUCAGGUUUUGAUUCAACAGAAAUAAUAAGUAAAUUACAUGCAGCUCAUUCAAAUGAUGAUGGUUUAAAACAAGGUUUAAAUAUUGAAACUGGUGAUAUAGAAGAUACAGGAAUUUAUGACAUUUAUGAAACUAAAAAAUCAGCUAUAGAAUUAGCUGUUGAAGCUACAAAUACUAUAUUAUCAAUAGAUCAAAUAAUAAUGGCUAAAAGAGCAGGAGGACCAGUAAUGCCAAAACAACCAAGACCAGGAAAUUGGGAUCAAGAUGAUUAA